AUGAAAUUAAACGAUCAAAAAAGCAACAGUCAAUUAACUAUUUUUCCUUAAGCUUACAAUACAAAUAUGACUGCAGCCUAUAAAUACUUAUCAAGAGAGUCAAGUGUAAUAAAAAAUGAUAAAUCAAUUUUAAAAUCUCCAUCAUCUAACUAAUUACUUUGUGCAUCAAAUAGAGGAAGUGAUAAGAAAGUGAGAAUUUAGGAAUCUGCUACUAAAGGUUCAAUUCAAUUUAAAAGUACAGCAUAAUUUGGUCGAUCAUCAACAGACUUAAUUUAAGUACCACCAAUGAGAAGUCUUAACAGAGAAGACAGAGAAAAGCUUAUAGCCACUCUAAUUUAAUAGGUUAAGUAGUAGAAUUAAUUAAUUCUUUAAUUGGAAGAUAGAGUGCAGUAAUAAGCAGAACAAUUAGAUGAGGUAAAUCUUUAUAAUGAGAAAUAUGAACAAAAGGAGAAAUGUUAUGGAGAGAUAAUUUCAAAUUAAAAUAAAAUAAAUUCAAGAAGUAAAAAAUAAUUAAAGAUAUCCAUUAGUUUAAUAGAUAGCAGAGCUUAGAGAAUUAGAUUAAAAAACACCUACAAAUGAUCAUUUAGAACUCUUAAAUUAAAUAUAUGAAGAUGAGGUUGAUAUGGAUAUGGCAAUUAAAUGGAGAAAUGCUAGAUUGAAAUUUAAUUUUUUGGAUGCUUUAUAGAAGGCUACAAAAUAUUCAAAAAAAUUAAAUAAUAUUUUAUUAAGAAAAUAGAAUCAAUAAUUAAAGGAUUAUUUUAUAGAAUGGAAAUUUUAUAUAAAAAAUAAAGCAUUAUUGAAUUAAUUUAAUGAAGUUAGAAAAUUAAGGACUGUAAUUAAUUUUUGGAUGAAUUGGAAAUAAUAUAUUUAAGAUAAGAAAUAGUAUAAUAAGAAUCUUAAGUUAUCAAUUUAAUUUUUUAAUUAGAAUUUAAAAAAAAAAUGUUUUUACAAUUUGAAAUAGAAUUAUCUGAAAUAUAAUUUUAGUUUGAAAGAUUAUUAGUAAAUUACUUAAUCUGCUAUAUAUGAAUUUAAUAGAAUUAAAUUGUUUAAAGUACAAAUCUAAUUUUAUUCAAGGUUUUCAGUUAAUGGACUUUAUGGAUUAAGUAACAGAAUUAAAAAUAAAAAAUUAUUUAUCAACACAUUAAUAAUAGACGAACUAAAUAAAUGAAAGGAGUUAUAAGGUUUUUAAAAUAGAAUUGUGAUUUUCAUAAGGAAAGAGCUAAUAAAAUAGUAAAAUAAAGAGGAAUUGUUAAAUUGAAUAAGUUGUUUAACAAAUUGAAAUAAAAUUGGAAAUAAAAUAAAUAUAGAGAGAAUCAAAUUAAAUUAAAUAGAAAUUUCUUUAUAAAAUUAAGACAAUUCAAAUAAUGGAUAAGAGAAUAUUAAAAAUUAUCCAGAUUAAAUAAUAUAAGUAAUAAAGUUAUAGAGAAGAGAGAAACAUAAUUUUUAUAAAGAUGUAUUUGUAUUCACAUUAUUUUAGUAUUCAAUUCUAUAAAAAAUAAUGCAAUUUAUAGGAAAAUGAAGAGAUAAAAUGAAAUAUUAUUAAAUAAGAAAUAUGAUAAUAGAGUAUUGAAUUGGGCAUUUAUGCAUUGGUUAAGCAAUCUCUUAAAGAAGAAGAAUUUAUUAGUAAAGGAAUAAAAUGUUAUUAUUUUGAAAUAAAAGGAUAUUGAUUAUUAGUAAUAAAAUGAUGUAGAGAAUUUAAAAUAAAUGUAUGAUAGUGUUUAAUAACAAUUACAAAAUUAGGAAGAAUAAAUUAAUAAUUAUAAAAUAUUAAUAUCUAAUCAAAAAGAUGUAGAACAUGAAUUAUAGAUGCAAUAGUAAUAGAUUAUUUAAUAAUUAGUGAUUAUUUGAAAUAAGAAUUAAUGACAACAAAAGAUUAAUUAAUACAUUAUUAGAUUGAAGGAGAUGAAGUAAGAAUCUUAAAAGAAUAGUAUGCAUUAGCAUAAUAAUAAUUAAAAGAGUUGAGAAUGUAAUAAAGAUGUAAUAUUUAAAUAUAAUUUAAUAAAGUGGGAUCUCCAAUUAGAAAUUUGUAGAGUAGUGGAAUAAAUGUUGAUUAGGAUUAAUUAAGAAAGCAAGUAGAGAUAAGUUCUACAUUACUGAAUGAUUAGAAAUAAGAAUACAAUCAUUUGCAAAUGGAAUAUUCAAAAGUAGUUGGAGAUUAUGAGAAAAAGAUCAAAGACAUAGAGAAAUAUUUUGUGGAUUUGUGUGACAAAUAAAAGUUGUAGAUAGAGAGAUGUAAUUAAACCAAAAUAUAGUAGUAUUGAAGGAGAAUUAAACUAUUAAAAUUGAGAAUCAAUAGAAUGUUGUUUCUAGGAAUAAAUUAAUGGAUGAAUUAAAUAUGAUACAUGAAUCCUUUAGAGAAGAGAUCCCAUAAUAAAAUCGUACAAAUUUUUAGACUCAAGAUUCUUAUGAAUAAUAAUAAUAAUUUGGAGGUUAUAAUAGAAGAUUAAAAUCAAAUUUAUAUAGUCAGACAUCACCAAUUUCAGAAAAUUAAUAUUCUCAAAAUUCUCCUUAAAAAAAAGUAUAGAUUGAAGAUAGGUAUAUAUGAUAUGAUAUAAUUAUCAAGAAGGAUAAAAGAAGAAGCAUGUAAUUUAAGAGAAGACAUAAAAAGACGAUUGGCUUCUUUAAAAACUCAAAUGGAUUGCUAAUAAUGA